GCCUAUUUUCUAGUUUUUUAAUCUACUGAGAGAGCUCAUCCGUUAAGAAUGUUUCUACAUAGUAUCUUGUUGCUUCCAUAAAUAGAAUAUCUGUUAAUAUUAUUGUCAAUAUUUUGUAAAUUUAUUGCAUUGUAAAGCUGUGUUGUGGAGUACAUAGGGUGGAAUUCCAAAGUAAUGAACCUGGACAUAUCCUAAACCUUCACCCUAAACUGUCAGUGUGGGAAGUUGGUAACUAAUCUAACAGGUACUUCAUGUUACAAAGGCUUUGGUGGCUGGAAAGAUUUGUACCCCAUCCUGAGGAAUAAGGAAACAGACCAGAAAACUUUUAUGUAACAGCAUAUUCUUAAAGAAAUGACUUUCGUGAAGGAAUUGGCUGUUUAGCCCUAUCUUGAGAGGAUUGGUUGGCACCGGAUUGAUUCGAAUAAGCGUGUGUUUAGACUCUCUAAAUCAAAAUGGCUGCCAAAAGUUGGGAGGUCAUAUGGUCACCUCACAACCCAAACGAGUUCAUCAGAUAUUGUAACGACAUUUUUCUAUACAAAAUAAUAAGUGAAGAGGAGAACCUUCAAAAGCCUUCAAGUUCAAAACACCAGAUGAUGAAAUUAUCAGAUGACAUGUCUGGAACAGUUGUUGCUGUGAACUCUGAAGUUUCUGCGAUUAAGGAGGUGUCUUGGUGUAGGAGGCCUGAUGCACAGCAUCUCUUGGCUGUUGGGCAGUCAAAUGGACAUGUUGUGCUAGCAAAUGUUGGCCAUGAAAUUUCAGGAACUGGUAGCCACCUUCUUGGAGUUGAGCUAACACCAAAAUCAGAUCGAACAUGUACCGAUCUUGCAUGGAAUCCAGUUGAACAUAAUCUGCUUGCUGUUGCUCUCGAUAAAGUGCGAGAUGAUCACUCGUUGCUUGUCUGGGAUGUUGAAUCAGCACCUGUUUCAAUGGGCACCAAAAGUAUGCAAGGAAGACAUUCAAGAAGCGAUGGCUCUUCGAUUAUGACACCAACGCAGAAAAAUGGCUUAAAGGAAUCUACGGUUUCACUCGCAUGGUUUCCAAGGCAUCCAAAAACUUUGGUUGCUGGUCAAGGUCAAAAAUUUUUGCGAGUUUACGAUCUUCGUGACUCUGGUAAACUUGUUAGCUUCGGUGUAACGAACUGCAAAGCAAUGAACGGCGUAUGUGUGGAUCCUUUCAGUGAACACAGAUUCGCUUCAUUCGCAGAGACAGCACAAGGUCCUGUUUUGGUGUGGGAUACCAGAAACCUAAAGGAACCAGUUGUUACGAUUAAUCAAGCCAGUCAGACUAAGCAGAUAUCACGGAUUGGCUGGUGUCCUACCAGGAGUCACAUGCUUGCAGUCUUACAGAGGAACAGUCCUGUGAUUAAGUUGUCAGACUUGAUACACUUGCCCACUGAGCAAUCGAUGCCUUUCCCUUCUGUGAUGGACGAGGAAAGUGAAUCCCUUAUAAUGGAGCGUAAAAUUCAGCCAUCGAAAGGGGCAUUGUCGUCGUUCAGCUGGCAUCCUACGAAAGAAAACGUGAUGCUGUCUGCGAAUGCUACAGGAAAUGUUAAUUACACGAAAAUUUACGAAAGAAUUACAAUGAGUUGGUCAUCAGGCAAUGGUCUUGUUUGGGGAUGUGGAAAAGAAAUGCUGGCUUGCAAAGAGAACAAUGAAGAAUCAUUCAAAGAUUUUAAAGAUAUUUCUUCAAUUAUGAAAGAAAGAGCGAUUCGUGGCUAUGGCGAAAAGUCGGUGAUGAAAGACCUUGAAAAGCUGCGAGAAAUACUGAAUGAUCCUUUUUUGAUAAAACUAUGGACGUGGCUGAAGCAUGUUAGAAAACCAAAAGACCAAGAUACUCGAAAGGGAAGAAGAUUCUACGGUGUGAGGUCAAUCAUCAAAGGAGAGAUGAAUAUGAGUGCUGACAAGCUUAGAUUGAAGGCGAGAAGUAGAAAUAAAAAUGAAGGUAAAUGUGAGAAAGGCCAACAGGAGGAGUCGAGUAAAGGAGGGAGUCAGUAUGCAGCAAGUCCAUAUUUUAGCGAAGACAGGAAGCUGGCAUUGCAGCUUUGUCUUUGGGAUUUCAGUGGAAGCUCAUUGACAGAACAUUUGACCAAGUUAGAACGAGCCGGUGAAUACGAAAGGGCAGCAGCAACAGCAUUGUUCAACAACCAAAUGAGGCUGGCAAUCAACAUCCUAAGUGGGAGAAACACCCGCGAAAACAAGUCUGACAAUGGGCCACGGGAAGGACGGCCUAGCCAAGACUCGCCCAUGAAUCUUGUGGCAAUGGCUCUAUCAGGCUACUCAACAGAAAAACGCUCUCUUUGGCGAGAAAUGUGUGGAGCACUCAGUCCUCAGCUGAAAAAUCCGUAUUUACGCGCUGUUUUUGCAUUUCUUACGCAAGAGGAUGACAAUUUCAAUUCAAUACUGCGAGAACCUGGAAUUCAUUUAGAGGACCGUGUGGCAUUUGCUUGUAAAUACCUCCCAGAUUCCACGCUUGUCACCUUUAUUGACUCUUUAACUGCAACAUUGGUCGAAGAAGGCUGCUUAGAAGGACUUUUAUUGACUGGGCUAACUUCUGAUGGCUUGAAUUUGUUGGAAAAAUACGUCACAAAGACUUCAGAUGUACAAACUGCGAGUUUAAUCAUAGUAAACACAAAAGUAUCAGAAACAUUACGAGAUCCCAGAGUCAUUUGCUGGCUGGACAGCUAUCGAGACAUUUUGGAUACCUGGCGCUUGUGGCAUCAGAGAGCAAAAUUGGAUGCGUUUAUUUACGGCGCUGAGUCUGGCAAGAAGGUGCCUCACCAAAUUUGUAUCAGCUGUAAUUAUUGCGGGAAACCUGUUUCGGCGAACCUUUUUUCAUCUGGAGGUAUGUUCAGAUCUUCAAGAUAUGCAGGGAUGUCAUCAAGUAAACCAAAGGUUAUGGCUUGCCCUAGCUGCAGAAGACCCCUUCCCCGUUGUGCUGUUUGCCUUAUCAAUAUGGGCACUUCUUCAUCUCAUAUGCAGCGACAAACUGGAACGAAACCAAAAACAGACUUCCAGCACAACCCCUUUGACAACUGGUUCACGUGGUGUCAGAACUGCAAGCAUGGAGGACAUGCAGUGCAUCUAAUCGAUUGGUUCAAGGAGGAAACAGAAUGCCCUGUGACUGGAUGCCCAUGCCGUUGCAAUUCCCAAGAUGGCGUUUGUCAGCUAUCAAACAAAGAAGUUCAGAACACAAAUGAAUAACUUUGUUGUGAUUGCUGUUCUAAAAUAAACAACUUUCUGUAAUUACCACCAAGCUAGGUUUUUGUUUGAGGACAAGAGUCGUAGGCUGGGCAGGGCUGGUGCUCGAAUUUGCUAACAUUUUCAAGUUGGCCUAAUCCUUCCUAGGAAGUUCUUGGUAUGCGCUUGUUUUCUUUUCAUUACAGUUUUCGUUUUAUGUCAUUUUAGCUACUUCUGAAAAGAAUCGUUUUUGAUUUAUGUAGAACCAAUUAAUCUAAGAAGUACCGGAAUCGUUUGCUGUCUUUUUUCCACGUGUACUGGGCACCUCUGAGAAUAAACUGCUGAAUUUUAAAAACAUGAAAUUGUAAUACCAUUAUUUUAUUACCUAAUUUAUAUAGAAAAUUCUGGAAUUUAUCCUUAAAUUUUGCUUGUUAGAAUAGUUAGAAAUUUUUGAUUACAUUCCGGCUAUUUAAGAAUAGUAAGUAUAUUUCGUACAACUUUUUGCUGCACUGCGAAUUCAUAAGAAGACGCGCUCGUUUUUGUUAAUAAAAGAAUAGCAAUACGAUCUGUAAAAUGUAACGAUGAAUUUCAAUUUGUACAUCUAUCCAGAGACUUUCAUGGUUUUGGCGGUAAUUUCUAUUUUGUCCGAGUGUUACCUAUCAAAUAAGCACACCAUGUGUUUCUAUGGUACAAUAAAUUUGAAAAUGGCUUUGAAAAAGGCAAACAUACGAAAAGCUUUUUCGAGGAUACUCCUCAGAAUAUAGAACGUCAGAAUUAUGGUCUGAAAGAACACGAUGAAAAACAUAUUCCCAGUUCUGGAUCGAAACACCAUAUCUAAUCUAUUUAACGCCCUCUUCUUUUUAACGUCCCUUUAAAAGUGAAAAAAGUUAAUAAACGCCCACUUCCUUUUUAUCGCCCCUUUUCUAUUUAACGCCCUUUAUAAAAAUGUUUGAUAAAUUAUUGUUUGGUUGUUUUGAGGUUGUUCUAUUUUCUCCGUUGUAUAUUUUUUCUGAGAUUCUUGGAAGAAAUUCAGAGGAUAAGGUACACAAAUUUGCUUUCGGGAAUUUUUAAUUUAACGCCCACUUUCUAAUUAACGCCCUUUCUAAUUACAUCCGCCCUAAAAAUUAACAAAUUAAAUUAACGCCCCGUUAAAUAGAUCAAAUACGGUAGGCCAAUCAGAAAACGCAAGCACAAGACCGGUAAAGCUGCCCAAUCUGUGCCGCCUGACUAUAGAAAAAUUACCACUGGAGUCCAAGAGAGAUAACGAACUCCUUCUGUCUAAAUAAUAGCGGCUUUUUCGUUCUGUACCCCCACAAAAAAUAUUUUACAAUAAAUUAUAAGGCCUACCCCUUUAAAAAUAUAUAGAGCCAAAUAGACAGACAGAAAAAUAGUAAACACGUCCAGUCAACAGCCUAGAGAAAAAUAAUUUGCCAAAGUUCCUGGAAGUAUCAAUUAAAAAUAGCAUAUUACAAAUUAAUGCGACUUUAUCCGGUUAAUUUGAACGCAAAUACAUUUAUGUCUGGUUUACAAUUGAAAAAGGUUUUUCAAAGAUUGGUUUCGAUACCAGUUCAAGAUCAUCGUCUCUGAGUCUUUCCUUGUUUUCUUUUUCCAGAGAACAAAUGUUUUGGCAUCUUCGAUUGAAUUUUUCUGUCAGCCUCUCCUAUAAUUCAAGCCAUUUGAAAUAUUACAUCUACAAAAAGUAAUAUUGCUUACAAAUGAAAAUAUAAAAUUCAGCACGACUUCCUACAUGUAUACCUAAUAAAAACUAGUGCAGUUUGAAGAGAAAUUUUUCCCUUGCCAAGAAAUUUACUUUGUUUUGACUCCAUUUUAGGUUAAUUUAAAAAAGACCUCCAUAGAAAUGUUGUUUUUCAUAUUUAUCUAUAUCUAUCUUAUCUAUAAAGGAAUGUUUUAUUAAAAUCACAACGAGAGGAAAAGUUUUGAAAAGAAAAACACUUACCUGCUUUACCAAAUUGGUUUAACUUUCUUUGCGAUACCUUGGCCAAUUUCCGUACUUUAGCACGCUUCUAAAAGAGAAAAAUGGUUAAAUUAAUGUUUAAGGUUUUUAAAUCGUCAUUUCAAGAAGAAAUAAAACAAUAUAAGGCAUGCGGGCAUAACGAUUCCCGGAAGAGUUAGAAGACAAUUUUGUUACCUUAGGAUCUGGAAUGCCAGAUUGGUCUCGAGGCACUUUAGAUGAGCUAUGUGCACGGGACAUACUGGCCUGGACGCUUGCUUCAUGUUUCCGCUUUCUGUUCUUACGACUCAGGGAUCGCGCUCGACUGGAGUCGGUGUUCUAAAAGAAAACAUUAUGCGGUAGAUAAAAAUACGAUUAAAUUGAGGUAGCAGAAAAACCAAUAGAUUAAUAAAAACUUAAAACGCUCAAAUAAAAAGCUCAAUCUGUAAACCAUAAUAAAAAUAUCUUAAUUGAAGUGCCAAAGAUGCCUAAAAUUUUCAAAACAUCCCUAGUAUUAUGACUGUCAGUCAAACUAGAGAGUAGACAGGUUUUAAGGGAAAGAGAAGGCAAGGACGAAAGUAUCUCAAACUCUAGGUGGAAUUUCCAUGGCAAAAAAUUGAAACAUUGGGAUUCCAAAUACAAAAUUGGUUCUUUCAAUAAAAUCUCAUAAUAGAUGAUAUUUUCAAAAAUUGCUGAUUGUUUAUUUAAAAUCCAUACCAUCAUAUUUAUAUCUCCAUCAAGGUUGUAUUCCAUAUCAUCAUCAAAAUCGUCAUCAGGUUUUUUCCGAGUUUUCCCGAACUUAUCAACCUAUAAAAAGAAACGAAAGAUUUCUAUACAACUGACCACUGACUAAUCGAGGGAAAACAGUUUAUAUAAAAACAUUUAGUAACCUAAUAGGUGCUAAAAGGGGACAAAAGUUAUUUUAUAUAUACCGUUAAUGGGUAAGAUAUUUAUAUUUUAGAUGAUGUAGACAUUAUAUUUCUAUUUGAUAUUAAAGAUGUAACCGAGAUCGUGUAGAUGUAUCAUGUCAAAGAGAAAUAAUUCUUUUAUUUUGAACAUACCUUGAGGGAAGCUUUUCUUGGAAGGGUCGGGUAAUUUCUCCUUUUCUUCUCUCUGUUCUCUUGGACUCUGAUCUUUUUCUUUUUUCUGAUUCUGAAAUUGAAAUGGGAAGGAUUUUGAGACAUCUUUAAUUUCAUAUAUGAUAUAAAGAAAAAUUUUCAACAAAAACUGUCCUCGCUUAAAUUUAUUGAGAAAGGUUUCUCUGAAAAUAGAUCAGUCAUCAUUGGAACACAAUUAUCAAUCAUACGACCAAAUAAUAACAAAAUAACCUAAAUAGACUCUUGACAUGUUAAAAAUAUCCGAUUUCAAAUGUUCUUAGGCUAAUUAAGCCCCUACAAAACCAAUGUGGCAAACCCUUUACUUAGUAACUUUGAAAAAUCAAGGAAACUUUAACCAAAAGUUGUGAAUCUAGAAACUGAAGUGGCAACCACGGUUUUUUUACCAAUAAUCGCCAUGCAAAGAAUACAGCUCUAUAUUUUUUCUACUACCCUAGAAUGCAACUCAUUAGGUAAUACAGAUAGGUAAUACCUAUAGGUAACACAUAAUUAAAAAGGUUGCUUUACAUACUCUCCAGCGAGUUUCUGCGUUUCUUCUUCUUCAGAAUUCAAAUCGUCAAUGUCCGAGUCAUAAACUCCAGCAGCUUCCCUCAGUUCUUCUUCUCUUUCAAGUUCAUCCAAUUUCGCAAGAAUUUCUGGGUCAAUAAAAUCGGCGAUGUUCUUCCCAUUAACAAGUUCUGGAAUAACGUCAUACUUUUCUUCCGGUUGCAAAACAUAAAGUUUUCUAUCAUCGAAUUUGUACUCGUCACCGAGUUCCUUUUCAUAGUCCUUCUGAAGCUUCUUGUACUGUUUAUCAACAUCCAUGCUUUUGCCUUGAAGCACAAUCAAUAAUUGCAUAAUUAAGAAAACAAAUUGAAUUUUCCUCAUUUUUAACGAAAAAUGGAAAAAAAGCUAAUGUUAACCUUUCACUAACAUUAAUGUUAACUAAUGUUAACAUUAAUGCUAAUGUUAACGGUGUUGUGUUAACCUUUCACUUUUAUCCCGUGUAGUUAAAUGGUAAUUUUUGAGGAUUUUAUAAACAGUUCCACUAUUUCCACGAAAGUUGACAGCAUUAGUUUUCAGGCAUAAAGGCAAAUAAAUAAGAGGUUUGAGGCAUCAAUUAAAAUCAAGCUACAGUACCUUUCUUUAAUGCACUCUCGGGAAUACAAGCUGGCCUGUCUUUGUUGUCUCGUGGCUUUGGCACUGCAACAUGCAGCCUAUUCACGAUGUCUCCCAUCUUUUUGCUUUUCAUUUUCACCUCUACUCUAUGGGCAAGAAGUCUCUCGCAAGCAUCUGUCUUCACCUGCAUCACACCUUCUUCAGUUACAUUGCUCAUUGGUAUCACAGAAACACCUUGAAAUAAUGUUGUUUUUUGUUUAAAUGUUUCUAAACAUACAAACUUGGAUCUGAUGGCAUCUUACCGUUAAACAUGAUCUAAUCAUGAAACUCACAAUGAAUUACUACAGACGGAGUUUUUUUAGAAAAAGGGCUAGGGCUAGAGCCCCCAUAGCCCCCCGCUUCUGCGGUCUCUGCAUGUGGUAAGUUAAUAGUCAGAGGGUUAUAAGAGUGCCCAUAUGACAUCAUCAGUGCAAAAGACGUUCUCAUCUCUAUGCAUGAACAAAAAUCCUAUAUAUAUUUACUACUAAAAAGAGUUCCUAAUAAAAGCUUAAAUGGUGGCUUAAAUCAUUUUCUAUUGAAACUUACCGUCCUCAUCGAGAACUUCUAGUAACUUCUUUUUCUCUUCUGAUAGCUCAUCAACUCCAACAAUGUCAAUUUUAUUCAAACAAACAAUGAUUGGUUUGUUUGUGAACAACGGUUUUAUGUUGUUGAAUAAGGCAAUUUGCUCUUCGAUAGAAUGGUUACACUGCUCUGAGAGGUCCAUGACAUAUAAAACUGCUGCCCUAAUGUGAGCAAGAGCUGUGAUGGCCUGAAUAAUAAGGAAAACAGUAUGCAAAACAGUUUCUAAAUGAAGAUAAUUUUUUUUAAAAAAUACAAGUUCUGUCAUUACAUAUUCAUAAAAUUUAAAAAUAGUUUAUAAAAAUUUAUAAAAGUUUAUAAAAAUUCAAAUGAAGCAUUUUCAAAAGAAGUAGGGAGCCAGUAAUAUAGUUUAAUUCAGCUCUGCUUGAAAUUUGCAAUCUUUUUGCAGUACACAAUUUGGAAAAUGGUUUUGAAAAAGCAAAAUAUAGAAAAUUUCUCUGGUUUACUGUUUCUUUACCUGCAUUUCAAUUGUAUUUCUUUCUUCCAGGGAAUGAUCAAGAAUACCAGGUGUGUCAAUAACUUGCCACCUUAAGUAUUUGUAAUCCAUGUGUCCAACAUAAAGUGACUUUGUAGUGAAGGCAUAUGGCUGUACCUCAACAUCAGCUCUUGUUACUUUAUUCAUGAAACUUGACUUUCCAACAUUAGGGAACCUGUCAGUGAAAUAAAAAACAAACAUUCCAAUGUUAGCCGAGCACUCCAUACAAUUUUGUUAAGACUACUAACAGAAAUAUAAUUCAUUAAUAUUAGGAAUUUUCAAGGCAAAAUUUUGUUGUCUGAUAAAACAUGUAUUUGCCUACAGCCCUGCUGAUGGGCAAAAUUGAUCCUUUCCCAUUCUUGUUUUCAAGAAAUUGUAAACAGUCUACAUUCAGUAACAUAAAGAUUUUAGAUAGGUGUGACAUCCUUGUUACCCUAUAUCUUGACACUAUGUGUUGGCUGAUAAUGAAUAACAAAAUACCAUCAAUUU